AGCUUGAUGAUUUUGUCAGGUCCGGAGCGUUUUCAAUGAUCCUUGAAAAACCAAGGGAAAGAUUUAUUUUCACGCCUGGUCGUACUCAUAACCGCAGCAGGUCUCCAAGGAUUGGCUCUAAGGGCGACUGGAGAAAGGAACUUUCGUCACGUUGGGCCGGAGGGUCUUGGCUUGUGUUGAGCAAUCGACAUUCCGGUAGGCGAUUAACAAUCAACUUAGAACUGUGCUCUGAAUGUCAAAGUGAAGAAAUUCAACCAAGCGCGG